CCCAAACCCAAACCCCUCGUGUGGCGGAGGAAAUAGGAAUGGCUGGCUAAUGAAAACAGUACAAACCCGUCAGAAUAAAAACAGAGAAAUGUCCCUCUGUUUCCAUCUCGUAUAUAACCCCAUCACUCCCCCAACAGACUGAAAGGAAUUUGCAGUCCUCUCUGAUUUAGUAUCACUCUUUCUGUAGUUCUUGUCCCUUUAUUAUUAUUAUUAUUAUUCUACACACAUAUAUAUAUAGAGAGAGAGAUUAUCCACUAAUAUUUGGGGGUGGAUUCUUCCUUCUUUUCUUUUUUUUUUUUUUUUAUUUUUUCGAUCUUUUUAGCAAAUAACCAGAGAGGAAAGGGCAACAGCAAAGCAAUUAACAGAUAGAGAGAGAGAGAGGGAGAAGGAGAGAGAGAGAGAGAGGGGGGGUGAGAAGAGAACAUGCCUGCAAGUUUGGAGCCGCUUGAUGUCGGCGUGCAGAUUCCGUGCCAUUUCCGGUGCCCAAUCUCUUUGGAAUUGAUGCGUGACCCGGUUACCGUUUGUACCGGUCAGACGUACGACCGUUCAAGCAUAGAGUCCUGGGUGGCUACCGGGAAGACCACGUGUCCGGUCACCAGGCUGGUUCUCACCGACUUUACUCUCAUCCCCAACCACACGCUCCGCCGGCUUAUUCAAGAGUGGUGCGUCGCGAACCGGUCGUUCGGCGUCGAGCGGAUUCCGACACCGAAGCAACCGGCCGAACCGGUUCUGGUCAGGAGCUUGCUCAAUCAGGCUUCUUCUAGAUCCAAUCCCUAUGGCGUCAGGCUAUCGGCGUUGAAGAAGCUCAGAGGAUUGGCGCGUGACUCCGAGAAGAACCGAGCGGUUAUUGCUGCCAACAACGCGCGAGAGAUUUUGCUGUCGAUUGUGUUUGGUGAGGCUGAGUCGUCGGAGCUGAGUCACGAGGCGCUCGCGGUGUUGCCGAUGUUCGCGCUUUCCGAAUCGGACUGUCUGUUUGUGGUUUCCGACGCCGGACGGAUCGGAUAUUUGGUAAAUCUGCUGUUCCGCUCGUCGAUCGACGUCCGAGUCAAUUCGGCGGCGAUGAUUGAGAUUGUGGUGGCCGGAAUUCGAUCUCCGGAGCUCCGCGCGCUGAUCAGCAAUGCGGAGGGAAUAUUCGAGGGAAUCGUAGGGAUAUUGAACUAUCCUUUCGCUUAUCCUAGGGCGCUCAAGUUCGGAAUCAAAGCGCUGUUCGCCUUGUGCCUCGCGAAGCAGCACCGCCACAAGGCAGUGGCGGCGGGGGCGGUGGAUGCGCUGAUCGACAAAUUACCGGAGUUCGAGAAGUGCGAUUCGGAGAGAGCUCUGGCGACGGUUGAGCUCCUCUGCCGGAUUCCGUCAGGCUGCUCGGCGUUUGAGGCGCACGCGCUGACAGUUCCGUUGCUAGUGAAGAUCAUCCUAAAAAUCUCCGAUCGCGCGACGGAGUACGCCGCCGGCGCGUUGCUCUCCCUCUGCUCCGCGUCGGAGCGAGCGCAGCGCGAGGCGGUGGCAGCAGGCGUGCUGACUCAGCUGCUCCUUCUGGUACAGAGCGAUUGUACGGAGAGGGCGAAGCGUAAGGCGCAAAUGCUGCUGAAGCUGCUGCGGGACUCAUGGCCGCAUUAUUCCAUAGCCAAGUCCGAUGAGUUCGGCCAAAACGACGUCGCUCCAUUUUGAUACCCAAUUUCCAAUUAAUUGAAAAUAUUCUCACCGUCUCUAUUUUUGUUUUCUACUGUAAAUUUGCAAUUCCCAAAUAUAAAUAUUAGAUAAAUAGCUCCACAAAACUAUAAAUAUUGUGUAAUUAAUUAAUUAAUUUGUACUUGUACUAAUAUGAUUUAUUGUUACUAUUGAAUUAUUUUGCAGUUA